GCGCCUCCCUGCUCAGUGACACACGCACCCGGUGCGGGGAGGCGGCGGCUGAUCGGGGAGCGGGAGGGCGUCGUAGCGGCGGCGACUGGGAGCCGAGCCCGGAGCCCGGAGCAUGGCAGGGGCCGAAGCCGCUGCGGAGGCUGCCGCUGGUUUCCCCCUUUCGCCAGCUCCUCCAGCCCGCCGGGAACUUUUUCCAGCGGCCGGUGGCGGUGCCUCCCCGCGGUGGUGGUGGUGGUGGCGGUGGCAGCGGCGAAGGCGGCAGCAGCGGCGGCGGCUUCGCUCGGCGGUACCGCCGGGGCUGGGGCUGCUGGGGCUGGUUUUUUCUCGCUUCUGCUGUAGUGCCUUAGCUGGACCAAUUGUUGAUCCACAUGUGACAGCAGUCUGGGGGAAGAAGGUUGCACUGAAAUGCAUAAUUGAUGUAAAUGAAACAAUAACACAAGUUUCUUGGGAGAAGAUACAUGGUAAAAGUUCACAGACUAUUGCUGUUCAUCAUCCUGAAUAUGGAAUAUCUGUUCAAGGAGAAUACCAAGGAAGAGUGUCAUUUAAAAACUACUCGCUUACUGAUGCCACAAUCAUCUUAAGAAAUGUAAGCUUUUCUGAUGCAGGAGAAUACAUUUGCAAGGCAGUUACAUUCCCACUUGGAAAUACACAGUCGUCAACAACUGUAACAGUACUAGUUGAACCAGUUGUGAGUUUAACAAAAGGACCAAACCCUCUAAUAGAUGGUGCAAACAGGACAAUAGCAGCCACUUGUACAGCAGCUACUGGAAAACCUGCUGCAGAGAUUGACUGGGAAGGAGGUCUUGGUGAAAUGGAAUCCAGCUCUAUUUUGUUUCCAAAUGAAACUGUGACAGUCGUAAGUCAGUAUAUGAUUGUCCCUACACGAUUUGCAAGAGGAAGACGGAUAACUUGUAUCGUGAGGCACCCUGCUUUGGAAAAGGAGAUAAGAUACCCUCAUGUGUUGGACAUACAGUAUGCCCCAGAAGUUUCAGUAACUGGCUAUGAUGGAAACUGGUUCAUUGGAAGAGAGAACGUUCAGCUCAGAUGUAAUGCUGAUGCAAAUCCAUUACCUAUGGAAUUUAUGUGGACCAGGUUGGAUGGGCAAUGGCCUGACGGUUUGCUGUCUGUCAACAAUACUCUGCAGUUCAGCAGCCCAUUGACUUACAACUACACUGGGACUUAUAUUUGUAAGGUGACUAAUUCACUUGGUCAGAGAAGUGAUCAGAAGACAAUCUACAUAUUAGAUGUGCCAUUUAAGCAGACAUCUUCUGUUGCUGUAGCAGGGGCUGUGAUUGGAGCAGUCCUUGCUCUUUUUAUCAUCACCAUCUUUGUGACAGUGCUCUUGACCCCAAGGACAAAAAGGCCAUCCUAUCUUGACAAAGUGAUUGAUCUUCCACCCACUCACAAACCAUCCACAUGCGAGGAGAGAGCAUUCCCUGUACCACAGAAGGAAGCUAUGCUUCAGAAAGAACAUUUUGCUUUGCAAAGCCAGUACAGAGAGAAGGAUACUGGAAACUUGCAGCACAUGAAGGCUGUGAAUGGAGGGCAACUUACUUGCGAGGUGGAAGAGCCACAGGAGCAGGAAGGUCUGCAGCAUAUGUAUCCUGUUUAUCAGCAAACAUACUACAAAAAUUGGAGCAGCAGAUACCCGCCAAACUCAGGACCUGGAAGAGUCUACAUCAAUCCAAGGGAGCAUUAUGUAUGAAUCCGUACCCAGAUGUCUUAACUUUUAAGAUGCGAGGGGUUUAAUACCUGUUGACUGUCUGACCAAUAUGUCUCAUUGGCUUUGCUCUCUAAAGUAACUGGUCUUUUUUCCCGUGGGAAGAAAUCGCAUGGAGAAUUUUAUGUAGGUAAACCCUAUAGAAUUUGAGACUUAACUUGCUUCUAGUUUUUGAUAUGUAUUUGGUUUUGUAGUUCUAUCAACCUGCCAAAAGAGAAGAGCGUUUAGCUUUACUAACCUUCCUAGUCAUAAGAUGUAUAAAUUAGAUUAAUUGGUUGACACAUGCCAAAACGUAGUUAAGCUGUUUCCCUGGUUAUUUCUGGGAGCAUUCUCUCCCUGACUGGAUAUUUUAUAAUACCCUUACCUGUGUAAAAGUGAGUAAAUAUGAGCAAGACAAACGAAUCCCUGGUGGCAUAAGCAGUCUUGGGCUGAAAGUAAUUUUUUUGCAUCUUUGAAAACUUUGGGAUCAUUAUAAUUUUGACUGGCUAUUGAUUUGUCAGCUAGCUCUACCUCUCCCAGUCAAAUGAGCAACUAGACUACCUCUCAAAUACUGACUUGCCUGUUUCAUAAUGUAUGUUGUGUGUCUUCCCACCUUGUUAAAAGCGAAGCAAUUUUCUUACAUCAAAAACUUCGUGUUUCAUAUUGGUCUUCCCUGUCAGUUGGUGUACUUGCUGGUUGUAGCUUCACACUAGGUCUAUGUGAAACUUGGUUGCAAGAAGUAGAUUAUUAGACUUAACUCUCUGAAAAUUGUCUUACAUGUAGCUGCAUCUUACCUACAUACUGAUAUCUAGCCUUUUUUCCAGGUAUGGGUCCUAUGUUAAGUGUUGCAGAGUUUGUCUUGUUUGGUAAUAAAUACAUCUCACAUUUUUUGGCUGCUUCUCAGUUUGCAGUAAAACUGCCUGUGAUGUGUUCUUAUGUAUUAGCAAGAAAAAGAAAGCCUCAAGCAGACUUCAGGUAGUCUUCAGCACUGUCCUUUAACCUUAACCAGUAGCGUGAAGUAACUGGAGAAUGUCCCGAUGUUACCAGUGCUAACAGUAUCCCACAUCAGGUGUUGGUGGGUUUGAUUUUGGUUUUUUUGGGGGGGGAAGAUAAUGAUUGAAAAAAUGUGCUCAGGAUCUUUUUAGAAAAACAAGUUUUCCUUUGGACUGAAAAAUAUUAAGUAAAAAAAAAAAGUAUAUAAUGUGUUAGUGCUGAAAUGAGCUCACAGGAAAAUCUUAAAGUAUUUUAAGACAGCAGGAAAUAAGACAGUGAUUAAAAUUUGCUAGAGAAACUUAAACAACUAGUGAAUUCUAUACACAUAGGUACAGAAUAAUGAUUUUCAGUCAGAUGACCUGAAGCCAAAAUAUUGAGAAUGGCUAUGUCAUACUGAGCUAGCUAUUGUUUCAGAAUUAAACAUAGUUUCUGUAAUAUUUACUGUUUUUUCUGCAGAUGAUUGGAUUUUUCAGAGGGAAGAGUCGUAGCUGUAGAAGGAAUAAAAUUGCAAGGUAGUUUAGUCGUGUGCUGCAGGCAGGAUGCCAUUAUACAGCCUGUAUUCAACCUGCAUUUAUCUCCAUCGUAGUAGAAGUUCGAGGUCCCUGCCCACAGAGGGCUGGGUUAGUGUUUCUGGUUUGUUGCAGGUAGCAGUUCGAUGAUUAUGGUUUAGGUGCCUAUUUUCUGGACACUGUACAAGUGGACAUUAACUGUUCUCUUGCUAAGCAAGAGAUUACAUGAUGUGGGUGAGAUUGACAACUGAAGGAAUGGCAAAGGAAAAGGUUGGAGAGAAUCUAUUUCUUGGGAGCUUUCUUUGAAAUGCUGUUAACUUGCUUUUUCUCUUAGGCACUGAGCACAUUUGCGUAAAUCGAGCAACUGGUUUCAAUUUCAAAGCCUCCUGUGGUAUUUGAGACCUUAACGAGGGCUUAUGUGCCCCAAAAAUAUAUUUUCCAGUAACAUCAGUGUCAGCAGCUACCUCUUCCCACCAGUGUUGCCUCACCUAUCCCUACAUUACUGCAGCUGCAAAAAGCAUUUACUGCCAGAUCGUGAAAAGAAAACACUGUCCUGGCCAAAUGUUAAAGCAAAGAGAAUGACAGAACAUCGAGAUAACUAUACUGCUUGAGAUAAUUUGAUCAAUAUCACUGAGAAAACCUUGAUACAAACAAUACUGGGAUAUAUGUUAUAGGAUUGUUUAAAGCUGUUAUUGUGAUAAUGCUUCCACUGCAUUCAUUAGUACAAUGUGAUUUUGAGCAGAUGAUCAUUUCAGUUUCUAUUGUGCUGGCGGAUGAUGUAAAAAAACAAUUAUUUUGGGUUGAGACCUCUUCUACCGCCUCUUAUUUGCAGAUACAUUUUUGUUUGAAGGGUUGGAACUUUGGGGGAAAGAGGGGGGAAGGAAGAAUGCUAUCAACAAAGCUAUUAUUGCUUUUUUUGGAUUUAUAAAACUAGGUUGAAGAACUGUAGUCCAGCUGCGCUGCCCACGUUAUGUAUUGACAAACUAGGGGAAGCUGGAAUUGCAGACCACCGGUCAGCGUGUAGUUUGCCCUGAAGUCAUUAGGGAGAUAUAUUAUGUUUAUUACCUGUGAGAAGUGGUUUCUUUGUAACCUGUUCAGAGACAUUGCGUGUGUUAAGUUUUUUGAACCCUUGCUUGUAGUCUUAAGUGUGGCUGGAGAUUUGAGGGAGGGGAUUUGGCAGAGUGCUCUGAAGAAAACAGAAAAACGUCUGCCUGUUAGGAUUUCCCACAGAAAGGAUUGCACAUGUAGAAGUAAGUUUGAUCUGCUUUAAGAAGUAGAAAACAUUCUCUUUUAUUUUUGUACAUUUUCAAAUGUUUGUAUUUGUAUUUUGAUUUGAAUAAAAGCAUUGAAGAUAGGAA